AUGGCCGUCGCUGUCGAUCCCCGCCAACCCACGCACCACUGGCAAUCCCAUUCCCUUUCGCACCAACACUUACAGCCGGUCCAACACCUCUCGAUGCCUCAGCCCUUCCCAACAGAAGCUUCUCUACCAGCUCGUAAUGAAGUUGAUCUCAAUCGGGACAAGUUAAUGUCCAUCUUGAACUACUUUUCUCAGCUGAUCAUGGGCCAAUUUAAUCGGCCACUGCGCUUGGUGGUUCAUGGCGGCGCAUGUAUGCUUCUUCACCCAGGUCUCUAUGCCCUAUCGCAGCAACAGCAUCAACUAUCAUCCUCCCUGCCCCAGCGGACUACAACCCGGGAUGUGGAUUACAUCCACCGGGCUUUCAUUAGAGAGAUGGGACAGAUGGGCGUUCUCAACGCCGCCGAAAAGCUCAAGGCGUGUAUACAAGCCACUGCGCGUGCCUUUGGCCUUGGAGCCGACUGGAUGAACAGUGAUGCGGACGUUGCGCUCCCAAUGGCGACCGACCCAUCAGGCAACCAGUACGACCCGAUCUACACUGCUGCCAUCCAGCCAAACAACGUUGACUUGCACACUAUCUAUCGGUCGUCGAACUCGAUGCUGACACUCAUAAGUGUCACUCCCUUCUGGGCUGUGUCUCUGAAGUUGGUGCGAUACACACAGAAUGACGCUGCAGAUAUCUGUUUGCUGUUGAGAAACGGAACAAUCUUAUCAGGAGCCCAAUGGACCCCUGAGGUUUUACAAAAUUGGCUUUUAUCCAACUGUUGGUCCAUGGGCUACGCCAACUACGACGCACAGAAAAAGCUCGAAAUGAAUACAAGAAUCAAUCACUCGAUCCAGCUCAUUUCAGGUUGGAAUGCCACGUUCAACCACCUUCCGCAAACGAAGGUCAGUGCCCAUGCUGCAAUGGGUGGCGGCGACGUUAUCGGCGGAGAGCACAACAAACAUAGCUGGGGUUCCUUUGCCGUGGCCGGGCCGGGUUUGACCCAGAUGCAGAACCAGCCACCGAAGAGCCAUACCCCGAAUAUCCGUGAUUGGUUAACGGCGGACCCUGAGCCAAAACGCCGCAGUGCAAGCAGGGGGCGUCCAAGCCCACCGCAAAGCACUGAGAUCUUCAUCCCUCCCGUGUUUGACGGUCACCAGCCGAGCCAGGCUCCCUUUCCCAUGCCUUUGGCCCACAGCCGUGGAGCAAGCCCAAUUCCUCCAGUCGAGGAGAGAUGGUCGUCGUGGCACCAACCUUCCCAAUCACGUAUUCACCAGAUUGAAGAAUUUGACAAGUCGUUGGGCUCGAUGUUGUAUGAAGGACGCAACGUGCGUAAUUCAAGAACAGGGUUUAUCCCUCCCGGUGCGGAUCAGGAAACCGCUCCUCCGUCUUUGAAUCGCAAGAAAGAAAAGAAGAAAAAAGAUAAAGCGCGCGAUAGGGAUCGACAAUCCAAGUGGCUCCGAGAGCCUGCGAAUGAAACCGAUACGUCAAGCGACGAUGAGGUAUCUCAUCGACAACGGCCAACUGGUCACCAAUCCUUCCACAUCUAUGCCCCACCCAGUCAACUUUCAGUACCAAGCCUCGAGGUCCCUACACGCACCCGUUCUCGGGCUCACUCAGAAACCCGACCUGCUUCAUCUCAGGAACGUCGUCGUCCCACACCUUUACCCAUUGGAGAGUCUCUGAAGCCAAUACCCCCUACGAUAUUUAUACCACCUGGUGGCUCUUUCCCGCCUACGUUCCAGCCACAGCACCGCAGCUACAGCGGAUGGCUCGUCCUCAGCAUCUACAGCACCAUGCGGAACCGCAUGUGCAGCAAGCGCCCGUACCACAUACCCAACGUCUCGCUCGCCCUCAACAUUUACAGUAUUCUCAGCAGCAUCAUCCAUCUCACUCUCAACUUGUACAAGCGCCCGCUCAUCGUCAUUCAACCUAAUAAUUCUUUUGGUCUACUUACAUAG